UUAGUGCAACCAAUCCAACAUGGGUCCUUCGUCGAAGUUAUUUUGCCGGUGCCUACGACGAAUUUUCGGGGGAAAUUUUGUCUUAGGGACACCGUGGAGCCCUUCACUUCUCGGCAUGUGUCAUUAAAGGACCUACUUCACUUCAUUUUGUUCGCUAGAACUUUCCUGGUAGCGUAGGAACGUCUGAAACAGUAUGAUCCCGGUGGCACGUCUCCGAGUGAGUCUGCGUGCCCUUCACUCUAGGGUAUCAAGGAGGGCUCGAUCUUCACCACUUACGCUCAUCACCAGAUCGGAAAGUAACGUAGUGCACGCGGAAACCGCGACAUUAUUUUCGUUAAAGGACUACAUCGUACAAACGAGUCCCGAUACCUGUUCACUGGCGAGACGAUAUCAAAGUUGUCGUUCAGUUGAAGAAGUUCUCGUCUUUGCCCUGGAUGGAGAUGAAAUGAAUAGCAACGAGCUCAUUGCCUGUCUAGACGCCCUGGUGAGAAUUCAGUACAAUGUCAUACGAGCUUCACAAUGGGCAUAUUACGACAAGGACCUCGUACUCUGGGUUCAAUCGAACAUAAACGCGGAAGCCCAAGCUUAUUUUUUUAACCUGCAUCAUCACCGCUUGUUCAAAGACCUGCUACGGGAAGCUGAGCGAGUCGUCGACACCCUUUCUGCCGAAGACACCGUGACAAUGCUGCAUUCGCUGCUGAAGCUCUGUGUCGCCAAGGAACACGACGUCCUCGUUCGCCUCCAAGAAAAAUCUGUUGGAAGAUUACACGAGCUCGGACUAAAGUCGGUCAGUCUGUUGUCAGAAAUCGCAAAUUUCAUGAAACGGAACGGAUUCAUCGUCAAUUCGCUCGCAUGUUCCGCAAUUCAAGAGAUGUUGGAUAGUACGACACUGCCAGAGUCCGCGUUCCACGACCUGGCGCUGGCUGUGUCCAACAUUGGAUACUUCUCGUCGCCCGAGUUCCUUGUAAGAAUUUUGAACAAGGGAGCCACCCUGUUGCCAGCCGAAGGGAACCUCACGUCCCUGGAAGACUCUUUGCUGUUCCUAGAAGCCGGAACUCGAUUUGCCAGCCUCGACCGACCCACAGCACGACCGUUCCUUCAGCACCUGCUGAGGUACCGGAAGGAGCUGACAAUACACCAGCUAUGCAGACUAGCACGUUCAAUGACAUUCGAUAACGUAAUCACGGACGAAGAGAAGGAGUUACUACGUUCCCAAGCGCUAGUCCGACUCGAGAGAGGCCUCCUGAGGGCGUCGGACGUUGUCAGUCUAGUGGGCGUCUUUGACGCGGUCGGAUGGUCCGACGACGUCGUCCGCGAGUUGACGGACCUCCUCUUGAUCCACGUUCCGGACUUCGACACCCUCUGCGUCAAGCAUUUCGCAAACAGCAACUUCGUGACGCUGUGCACGGACCAGAAGCUGAUGCGUCAGUUCGCGCACCGUUGGGUCCUCAAGCUGCCGGACAUCUUCGGAAGCCUGUCCGUCCUCAUGACGCUGCUGGACUUUUGCAACAGGGUGACCUCCGUUCCGAGGUACGCUCAGCUCGUGCUCCAGGACCGGUUGAUGCAGGCCCUGGCAGGUGGACAGCUCGCGGAGCACCCAGAAAAAGUGGCGUCGUGUUGCUGUUUUCUGCUCAAGUACGGGACGUCGGAAGCCGUCGAAGUUGCCCUUGCGCACGUCGAUAGAAUGUGCGGACAGUUGUUGCCGCAGCACUUUUAUGCCCUGAUGCACGCGGUCGUCUACAAGAGAUCGAUAGCACAGAAACACGACCUUCCACGGGCCUGGUACGAGCACGUGCUCCAGAAGAGCAACGAGAUGCCAAACUUGCAAAUCGCUUCGUACCUGUUCAACAAAUUCUUCCCGCCGAGGUCUCUUCUCCCCAGACGGGAAGCUUCCGCUUGGGCAGACAUCUUCGAAAGGAACGCUCCUUCCGUCGGGACGUCUGCGUUUAGAAACACUCUGCUAGCGGUCUCGAACCAUCGGCUCUAUGUCCCAGCGACAUUGCAAGCCCUGGCGGAUUUCGCUCUCGAGAAACGGCUGAGCGUCGGCACAACGUCGGGCCUCCUGGACGCGUGCGCCUCCGUGAAUUUUCGACCGAACAAUAUUUCCCGGCUGUAUGAAGCGUACGUUGUUAAGCUUCUGAAAGAUGACGAAAAAGAGUGCUUUGUGAAGUACGCGUUACGCUUUGCAAGUGCGUUGCUGAGUCUGGACUUUCUGCCAAAGUUGCUGGUCGAGACGAUAUUCAGCUUGGAUUUCUUGCGGAGGUUCGACGAAGAGUUUGAAGAGACGUCGGAGGCCGAUGACCUGGACAGGUUGCUCUUCGAGGUCAACCGAUCGACGAUACUUCAACAUCCAGAGCUGGACGUGCCCUGGUUAGGAAUCAGGGAUACUUGGAGAAUGCAACACGAUCCUGGCAAAGAUGAAGCAGAAGAGAUGUUUGUUACGGAAGUGGGCAACAUACUGAAAGAUGUUUUAGGUGGAGAAAGAUUCACAAGGAAAAGUGUUUCACCGUACCUUCAUGCUAUAGAUUUCGAAUGCUUCAUAAGGGAUGGGUACGGACCGGUAACAGCCAAUGAUGCGAGACUGCGAUCCCGCGUCCGCAAAGUGGCAGUAAUAAUACUCCGUCCAAGAGAUUUCUGCAGCAACGAGAAUCGCCUGGUCGGCCCCACAGUGGUCAAGAUAAAGCACCUGGAAAUUCUCGGCUACUCUGUCGUCAAGGUUCCCUUCUACGAGAUCCUGGACAACGGUGCGGAUGUUGACACGCGGCAGUAUCUCUACGAGAAGCUGUUCCAAGAGUGACGGCGGUCCAGAUUAGACACUCUUUCAAUCACGCCGGGUAUAAAAUAUAUGUACAGUACGUUUAAUAGGCUCAAAAGAAACAUAGUAAAUGAUUUUAAAAAUAUA